AUGAAUUCUGAAGACAUUGCUGCGAAUGAGCCGCUCCUUCCAAAGCCAAUUAGCACUACCCAGGGCGGUAAUCGUCGCAAGCACAAACUGUUGAUCGUGCUUGGAAUCACCGCUGCAGCUUUGCUCUUGAUAACGGGUGUCGCAGUGACUACCUUAAAAGGACGUCCUCAAAGUGCUGGACGUUUAGUAACAGGCAAACGGGCAGCUGUCGCCGUAGAAGCUGAGGAAUGCUCAAAUACAGGGGUUGAGAUAUUAAAACAGGGUGGAAAUGCCGUCGAUGCAGCCAUUGCAUCCGCCUUGUGUAUUGGUGUCAUUGAUAGUUUUGCAACAGGCGGUUUCAUGCUGAUUCGAGCACCUAAUGGCACUUUUGAGUUCGUUGAUUUCCGUGAAACAGCACCAUUGGCUUCAGAUAGGGACAUGUUUAUCGAUGACUCAAAGGCAGCACAGGUUGGUGGCCUGGCGGUGGGCGUCCCGGGAGAAGUUCGUGGAUUCGAGCUCGCACAUAAGCGCCAUGGCAAAUUACCGUGGGCCACACUGUUUGAACCAGCAAUAAGAAUUGCAAGGUACGGGUUCCGAGCAACGCCGUUACUGGAAACCCGUUUAAAGACAGCUGAAAGUUGGUUGAUGACCAUGCCCGAAUGGACCGAAGUGUUUGCGCCAAACGAAACUUUAGCAAAAGCAGGUGACCUGAUUGUUCGAUCUAAACUUGCAGAGACCUUGGAUACUAUCGCCAGAGAAGGUCCCGAUGCAUUCUAUACUGGAUAUAUUGCAGAAAGUUUAGUGAACGCGACACAGGCAGCAGGUGGAAUCAUGACCAUGGAGGAUAUGGAAACUUACAAAGCAGUCAUUCGACCUACAGUCAGCACAUACUAUCAUGGCCGUAAGGUCACUACAUGCACAACACCGACCAGUGGCCCACUUAUUGCUAGCGUACUCAAUAUCCUCGAACGGUAUAAUUUCCCUGUCCAUGGCAUGGAUGGUUUGAAUAUCCAUCGGUUUGUUGAAGCGAUGAAGUAUGGGUUCGCAUUUCGCACCGAGUUUGGAGACCCAGAUUUUGUUGAUAAUGACGAACGAAUCCUUGAGAUUGCGACAAAAGAAUGGGCGAAUAUCGUUCGACGGAAUAUUUCUGAUGAUACCACGCAUCCUCCCUUAUAUUACCAGCCAAAAUUCGAUCAUAUUUCAUCGCAUGGAACCAUGCAUUUGUCCGUUGUUGACGAGGAUAAUGGUGCAGUUGCCCUUACGUCUACAGUCAACUUAUUGUUUGGAGCUCAAAUCUUGGAUCAAGCUACUGGUGUGAUACUAAAUGAUGAAAUGGAUGACUUUUCGAUACCAGGAAAACCUAACAAAUUUGGCCUUUAUCCGAGCGAGUACAAUUAUGUUGCUCCUGGCAAGCGACCGCUUUCGUCGAUUACGCCCACUAUCAUUGAGCGUGACUCACAGUUUGAAAUGGCUCUUGGUGGCUCAGGUGGUUCUUUGAUUCCCACAGCCACAUUAAGUACCUUCAUCCUUGGUGAGAAUCAACGUGUCUCUGCAGUACAAGCGGUCCGACGCCUACCGGACGGCACUGUUCAUGCCGCAAGUGAUCCACGCAAGCUCGGAUUAGCAGCUGCUUACUAG